GCGAAUGCUCGCACGGUGUGCCACAUGGUUCUACAACGUGCUAGAUGUAUGUGAUGUAUGUGCAUUCAUAUUUUCUCACAGUUUACGCGUACAUUUUAUUUUUCCGCGUAUCACACGUAAGAAAAAAGUGAUUUGUAUUAAAUAAGCAUACCGAUGACAAUUCAAGACAUGGAUAUCUGUUUAAAUGUAACGGCAGAUCCAGUUACGAAGAAGAAGAGCACAUUGAAAAGAACCGAAUAUUCUACAACUUCAAUUAAAAGAUUAAAGAAUCAUUCAUUCCACAAGAAAGCAGUAUUAGGUAACAAGGAAUCAAAGAGAAAUGCGAAUACACAAGAGACAGGGUAUAAAAAGAGAAUUAAACAGAAAUCAUUAUCAGCUAUUGUUGCCAAAAAGUUGAAAGAAACAAACUCUGUCACUUUAAACGUACCACAGUCUCAGAUUUCAUCUCGUGGUAAAGGCGUAAGAGCGAAAGCUAUAAAGCCAAAUAUUGAACAGUCUAAUGCAACAAACAAGAAAGAUGUGAAAUCUGAUAAGAUUCUCUCUAUUGCAAAUUCUGAUUUUACAAAUGAAUCACUUGUGUCCUUUACAAAAGCCACAAAGCAUGCUGGUAAAACACGAUUAGCGAAAAAGAAAGAUGAUUCAAAGGGCGAAUUAAAGAGAUCACUUUCCAAUAUAUUUUCGAGUCAACUGAAGAAUUUUAAUGAAUCCGAUAUUCUAAAGUUGGCUCAGAAACAUGAUAUUCAUAAAGAUAAUUUUAAAUCAGACAAAAAAUCCAAAGUAGCUAAGAAAACAUCAGUUUUAAAAUUUGAUAAGACAUCUUCUAUUGCAAAUUCUGAUUCCAUAAACGAACCACCUAUUACUUUUACAAAAGCAACACAGGAACAAGUUGGUAGAGUGCUAAUGGCGAAAAAGAAAGAUAAUUCAAAGGGUGAACCGAAGAGAUCACUUUCUGAUAUAUUUUUGAGUCGAUUAAAAGAUCAGAAUGAAUCAGAAACUUUAAAUUUAACUCAGAAACAUAAUAUUUCUAAAAGUAAUUUUAAAUCAGAUAAAAAAUCCAAAGUAAUAGCUAAGAAAACAUCAGUUUUAAAAUCUGGUAAGAUAUCUUCUAUCGCAAACUCUGAUUCCACAAAUGAACCACCUGUGGCCUUUGCAAAAGCAACACAGGAACAUGUUGAUAGAGUGCUGUUGGCGAAAAAAAUAGAUGAUUCAAAAGGUGAAUCGAAGAGAUCACUUUCUGAUAUAUUUUCAAAUCAAUUAAAAAAUCAGAAUGAAUCAGAUACUUUAAAUUUAACUCAGAAACAUAAUAUUUCUAAAAAUAAUUUUGAAUCAGACAAAAAAAAUAAAAUAGCCAAGAAAUCUGUUUUAAAAAACACAAAGAUGACAGAUAUCUCAAACAAAAGGAAAGAAAAAAGAAAUAAAGAGAAAAUUGUAAAUAAUGACAAGAAAUCAGACAAAACUCCAAAAUUAAUGCACAGAACAGGUGGAAAAAUUUCCUCCUUAUUUGGCAAUAAUCCUGAUGUGCCAACCAUGGGCCAGCGAUUUGUAAAACCUGUUCAUGAAUCAGUUUUUACAGAGGUCACUUUUGCUGAUCUCAAUAUUCAUCCGUAUAUGAUAUCAAAUUUAGAGCAAAAUAUGGGUAUAACUAAAAUGACUACGGUUCAACAAAAAGCGAUCCCUCAAAUAUUCUCAGCCAAAGAUGUUUUAAUAAGGUCUCAGACAGGAUCUGGAAAAACGUUAGCUUAUGCAUUACCCAUUGUUGAAUUGUUACAUAAAAUUAGACCACAAUUAAAUAGAAAUAGCGGUUUGUCGGCCCUUGUGAUUGUUCCAACGAGAGAAUUGGCCUUGCAGACAUAUGAGUGUUUUAUAAAACUGGUUAAACCUUUUACAUGGAUCGUACCAGGCUACAUAAUUGGUGGAGAAAAGAGAAAAGCGGAAAAGGCUCGGUUACGAAAGGGAUGUAACAUAUUAGUAUCUACUCCUGGCAGAUUAUUAGAUCACAUAAAGCACACAAAAGCGUUGAGAUUAAAUGACGUGAAAUAUUUUGUAUUGGAUGAAGCUGAUAGAAUGCUUGAUAUGGGUUACGAAAUGGAUAUUUCUGGGAUAGUAAGUGCUUUAAAAGUAUCAUGCUCCAAUAACGAAGAAUCGGGAUACGAUGCUAUGAAAAUAUUUAAGCAAAAUAGUAAAAAGAUAUUUACAAAUGAAGAAGAAAUAUCAAAGGAAGAUGUAAAAUUGAAAAUAGAAAAAAAUAGUACCGAUGGUAGUAAAAAGAAACAGAUACAUCAUUCAAAUGACGACAGCGAUUGCGAUCAGGCUACUAAUGCCGUUCUGUCGAAAAAAAGAAAAAAAGAUGUGAAGCGUUCCGCUGUGAAUCGAGAAUCUGAUUCGAAAGCGGAAAAUGUUCCAAACGUCGAGCAACAUUAUGAAAGUCAAUCGAGAAGGCAGACGAUAUUGUUGUCCGCGACUUUGACGCACGCCGUUGAAAAAUUGGCGGGUCUCACGAUGCACGAUCCGAUCUUCGUUGACGCGGCUAAAGAAAACGUAGAAACGAGCGGGGGAAAUGAUAGCGAGAUUAACGAGGAUCUAAUAGUUCCGCAAAGCGUGAAUCAGAAUUACAUAGCCACCCCGCCCAAAUUAAGAAUGGUCACUCUAAGCGCUUACAUCGCCGGAAGAUGUCAGACUCCCGGGCAACAUAAAAUACUGAUUUUUAUGGCCACGCAAGACAUGGUAGAUUAUUACACUGAAAUUUUGUCAUCUGUUCUUACGAAACCAAUGGAUGACGACGACGAGGAUUCCGAUCCGCUAGUUGAUGUGGAAUUCUUUAAACUGCACGGUAAUAUGACGCAAAAAGAAAGGACGGAGAUCUUCAAAACUUUCAGUCAAGCGAAAAGUGGAGUACUAUUAUGUACGGAUGUCGCAGCUCGAGGAUUAGACAUGCCGAAGGUAGAUUGCGUUGUGCAGUAUACCGGUCCGAUUUCCGCUAGAGAUUACGUUCAUCGAAUCGGUAGGACUGCGCGCGCAGGUUGUUCCGGCACAGCGACAAUCUUUCUGACGCCCUCGGAAAUCGAGUUCGUGCGAAUGCUCGAGUCGAGACGCAUCAGAAUCAAGCAGCUGGACAUGAACGAUGUCCUGGACAAGCUACUGGGGCCUCUUUCCAAGCACAACUCCGUCCAGGCAGCGGCUGUCGCCCUUCAAAACGAUUUUGAAGAUUUAGUGUUGGAAAAUCGGCAACUUUGCGCGAAAGCGUGUAAAGCCUACGUCUCGUGGGUGCGUUUCUAUUCGAGUUAUCCGCGCGACAUGCGCGAGAUAUUCAAUCGAAAGGAGCUUCAUUUGGGUCACUAUGCCAAGAGUUUCGCAUUGAGGGAUCCGCCGCAGCGAAUCGGCGGAAUCGGCAAGAAGCUCCGCGAGAAGGAAAUCUCGAGACCUAGGCACGACAACCGUUUGUCGUACAAAUCAUCUGACGGGGUGUCGCAAAAGAAGCAGAGGACUCGAGAUGGCGACGGGCAAAGAACGGGGUUGUUGAAGAGGGUCAGAAUGCUCAACACCUCCGAAUACGAUAGCGGCCUCGAACCCCCGAAGAAGCCAAAGAAGUGAUCCCCGUCGCGAUUGUAGGUGUUGUAAACAACAGAGAUUUCACGUGUGUGAUUCGCUCUCUGUUGAUGACAUGCGUUUGCAUGUCUUUAAUCUUAUUAUGUAUUGUUUUGUUAUAACUUUUAAAUUAAGAGUUUUAUAUACAAUCUAAUUUUAAACAUUUA